AUUCUGUUUUUCCUUAUCAAUAGAUAUGACAUCAAGGCUCUUAUUGGGACAGGCAAUUUCAGCAAAGUUAUCAGAGUGGAACAGAAGAUCAGCAAGAAACCCUUUGCAAUAAAAGUGAUGGAAACCCGAGUGAGAGAAGGCAGAGAAGCUUGUGCAUCUGAGCUCACUGUGCUGAGGCGAGUUAGCCAUCAAUACAUUGUACAACUCAUGGAGAUCUUUGAGGCCCAGGACCGAGUGUACAUGGUGAUGGAGUUGGCUACAGGAGGGGAGCUAUUUGAUCGGCUCAUGACUCAGGGACCCUUUACAGAGCAGGAUGCUGUCAGAAUCCUCCAGAUGGUUGCUGAUGGUAUUAGGUAUCUGCAUGCAUUACGGAUAACUCACAGGGACUUGAAGCCUCAAAAUCUCUUAUAUUACCAUCCAGGUAAAGAGUCAAAGAUUUUAAUCACAGAUUUUGGUUUGGCACAUGCUGGGAACAGAAAUGGUGACUGGACAAUGAGGACGCUCUGUGGAACCCCACAUUACAUAGCUCCUGAAAUUUUGCUGAGGAAGCCUUAUACCAGUGCAGUGGACAUGUGGGCUUUUGGUGUAAUUACAUAUGUUUUACUUACUGGGCUCAUGCCCUUUGAUGAUGAAAACCAAACACGACUUUACAGGAAGAUUCUGAAAGGCAAAUAUAAUUACAUAGGAGAGCCUUGGCCAAAUAUUUCCCACUUGGCGAAGGACUUUAUAGACAAACUCCUGAUUUUGGAGGCUAGUCAUCGGAUGUCAGCAGGACAGGUCCUGGACCAUCCAUGGGUCAUUACCAAGGCGGCAGGAUCUUCCAUGAAGAAUCUUCAGAAGGUCAUUUCACAUAAUCUCAUGAGGAAGUCAUCUCCCUGCACUCAGAGUCCUGGGUCUGCACAAUCUUCAAAACCACAUUCUUGUCACAAGUCAAGGCAUCAGUGGAAUAAGAGAAACUUAAGAGUAGAAGACUCACCACUAUCUGCAUAACUAUGAGCAGCAAGCCCUUAAAUUCACUCUAUCUACUUUUUAGCCAAGUUUACUAAUGUUAUUAAUAGUGGUAGGGUAGUGGAGACCAUCUCAUUUAUUUUUACCAGAGCUCUUAUCAAUCCUGCUCUGGUGAUGCUGAGGACUGAAACUGGCAACUCAGAGCCUUGAGUAUUUUUCCCCCUGCAGGUGGGGACUGGGGACUCGAACUUGGGUCCUUGUGCAUUGUGCACUCAACCAGGUAUGCCACCACCCGGCCCCUGCCUGUUUUUUUAAUGUGGUGUUUUUUUUUUAUUUAGAUUUUUAUUUACUUAUUUUGGAUAGAGACAAUGAGAAAUUGAGAGGGGAAGAUUAGAUAGUCAGGAAGAAAAUAAAACACUUGCAGCACUGUUUCAUUGCUCAUGAAGCUUCUCCUUUGUAGGUGGAGGCUACAAGGUUCACCCUGUAGGUGAACCUAGGUCCUUGUGGACUGUAAUGUGUGCUUUCACUAGGUGCACCACUGCCUUGCCCCAGUUAUAAAUUCUUUUAAUUUCAUGUUUAUCCCUUCUGAGACUGUUGGGUUGCAUCAUGGGGUAGAGAAGAGACCAGGAACUCAUGGCUGAGCAGGAACGCAAAUCUUUAUUCAUGUGGAUGCUCCAGAGUUGGGUGUGAGCACAACAGUUUAGGCCAUGUGGAGCUAGCAAAAUGGCUGCCUCCCACUAUGCCCACCAGCCCUUCUCUAGGUCUUCUCCAGGUCAGGAAGUAGAAGAGAAAGAGAGGGAGAAGAGAGGGGGAAAGAGAGGGGAAGAGAAGAGAUAGCAAACAGGAGAGACUUUUAUAAGAGAAUUCUGGAAGUGGCAAGUCGGAACGAGAUUGGCUAGGAAAGGGGGUGGAGAGAGGCAAAAGACAUGCUGGGAAGGUGAAAGCAUCCUUAGUAACUGUUGCAGUGGUUUUAACUGAAUUAACAAUAACCUGAGGGGAUAACGUGGUAGGGAUCUGUAAAUAAUACUUGCAUAGAAAUAUAGUGGUUUGUGGGUCCUGCCAAUGUUCAACCACAUCUGCACAAUUUCUCAACAUAAGACUUUGUAGUCUUUUCAUUCUAGAGAGAACCAUCAUCUUUAUCUCAUUCUAACACAUUUUUUCAAGCUUCUGAAUGUAUUUUUUUCCACAUAAAUGGGGUUAUACUGCAAUAUUCCUGUACUCUUUGCUUUGUAAUUUAACACAAUGAUGUAUCAUGUAAUGCAACAUAUAGACUGAAUGCAUUAUUUUAAA